GCCAUCUUCCCGAGACGACUCUGCGGGCAUGGCUGUCCUCUGGCUCACGACCGUCCUGGUCUGCGGUCUGAGCCCGCUACUACAAGUAGAAGCCACCCCUCGGGAAGUCUUCACCAAUUCCUUCCUCGUAAAGCUGAAAGGGGAGCAUGACCAGGACGGAGCAAGUCAUGUGGCCAAGAGAAACGGGUUCCACAACAUUGGGCCGGUGCUGGGAUCGAAGAGCGAAUAUCAAUUCGUUCAUCGGGCCGUUCCCCAUUCCCGGACAAAAAGAAGCAUACCCCACAUGAGGCUCUUAAGGUCAGAUCCUCUAGUAGAAACAGCGGUUCAACAGACCGGAUUCAAGAGGGUAAAGCGGGGAUAUACUGAACUCCGGUUAGGACCCGAAAAUUUACGGCUUCAAAGAGAACCAACGGACCCUUACUUCCCCUACCAAUGGUAUCUGAAAAAUGUUGGCCAGAAUGGUGGGAAGCCGCGGUUGGAUCUCAACGUUGAAGCGGCCUGGGCGCAGGGAUUCACGGGAAAAAAUGUUACGACAGCCAUAAUGGAUGAUGGUGUUGACUAUAUGCAUCCCGACCUGAGGGAUAAUUACAAUGCCAGAGCAAGUUACGACUUCAGUAGCAAUGACCCAUUUCCCUAUCCGAGGUACACAGACGACUGGUUUAACAGUCAUGGAACAAGAUGCGCGGGCGAAGUCUCUGCGAAGCGAGACAAUGGAGUUUGCGGCGUUGGAGUUGCUUACGACUCCAAAGUGGCUGGCAUUCGUAUGUUGGACCAGCCCUACAUGACUGAUCUAAUCGAAGCAAACUCAAUGGGUCACGAACCAAACCUUAUCGACAUCUACAGUGCCUCGUGGGGUCCUACAGACGACGGGAAGACGGUUGACGGACCCAGAAACGCUACCAUGCGCGCAAUUGUCCGGGGAGUCAAUGAGGGACGCAAUGGCCUGGGCAAUAUCUACGUCUGGGCAUCUGGCGACGGUGGAGAAGACGACGACUGCAACUGCGACGGCUACGCGGCGUCCAUGUGGACGGUUUCCAUAAACUCGGCGAUCAACAACGGAGAAAAUGCUCACUACGACGAGUCCUGCUCUUCAACGCUAGCGUCGACGUUCAGCAAUGGGGCAAAAGACCCGCACACCGGAGUUGCUACGACAGACCUAUACGGAAAAUGCACAAAGACACAUUCGGGAACAUCAGCCGCUGCUCCGGAAGCAGCGGGAGUGUUUGCCUUGGCCCUUGACGCGAACCCCAUGCUGACAUGGCGUGACAUACAGCACCUGACGGUGUUGACAUCGAAGCGGAACUCACUGUACGACAGCAAGGGUCGCUUCCAUUGGAAAAUGAACGGUGUCGGUCUAGAAUUCAACCACUUGUUUGGAUUCGGAGUCUUGGAUGCGGGUGCCAUGGUGGCCCUCGCAAAGAUCUGGAAGACAGUGCCAGCCCGGUAUCACUGCGAAGCCGGCUCAAUCAGCAAACCCAGCGAGUUCCGUGCCAACCACAGCCUGCUGGUGCACAUCGAUACAGACUCGUGCGCUGGGAUGGACACAGAAGUGAACUACGUGGAGCAUGUGCAGGCAGUCAUCACUCUCAACGCAACGAGGAGAGGGGACGUCACGUUAUUCCUGGUGUCGCCCUCUGGAACCAGGUCUAUGAUCCUGAGUCGACGUCCAAACGACGACGACAGCCACGACGGCUUCACCAAGUGGCCCUUCAUGACCACCCAUACCUGGGGAGAGAACCCCAGAGGACGUUGGACUAUAGAGGCCCGCAUCGAGGGCGAGAACAACCAGGGAUACCUACGGGAAUGGACCCUCAUGGUGCACGGCACGCGGGACGCCCCAUACGUCGGUCUUCCAGUUCACGACCGAAACUCCAAGCUCGCCAUCGUGAAGAAGGCGCACGAGGCCAGCGGUAUUCAGAGCACGAGGCGCAUCUAGUGACUUCCCUUGCAGGAAGCCAGAAAUCGAAACGAGGACAACAAUUACCACCUUUCCCCUACGAGAUGGCGCCGGUCGCCCCAUUUUGAUUUUUAAAUUCCAAUGGUCUCACGGGAAAAGCAGACGAGGUUAGCAGCCUGCGUGAGGGAAAGGUUCUCAGGCAGGUUUCAAAUCAUCAGAACCGUGGUGGUAUCCAGACUGUCUUCGGCAAAUGUUUCACGCAGGGGAAUGAUGAAGAAUCAAUCAAGUUUUCAAGCUGGUGACUAUACGGUCAACCUGUUUCAUGUAGAGAGAGCAGCUGAGAUUAUACUUUGGGACAAGCUAACUCCUACAGGACAACCCCGCAAACAAAUCUAAAGACGUUUUUGAUUGGCUCUGGAGACAGGAGAAUGACUGCGUCCAAGACACAGACUAGUCUGCCCGGAUGCUUCGAACCGUAGCUUGUACACUGAUAACGUUGCGAAGGCAGCCACCAGAGAAAACUUACUUAGAUCACAUUUGCAUGCUUUUAAAGCAAAUAUGUAAUGUAUUCGCGGUAAUAAAAGAUGUGUACCGGCUUUCCCCGUCUGCAUGGUAAGCACCAUCUUCUCGUGUUCUCCACUCUCAAUGUGCGAACUAUAGGCUGUCGGAUAGGGGAGUGCGAAUAGCCAUUUUGAAACCGAAACAAAUAGGGAACGAAUAGUAACCGAUAGCCGAAGCGAAUACUAAGAGAAUACUUACAUAACUGAAGUAAAACGAAGCGUAAUUGUACAACCGAAGCGACUACGAAGCGAAUAGAUAGAUAUUCGAACUGGAUACAUGUACAGGAGCAGCGGAAGACAAGUAAAAACGAUUAGCUUCCUGGCUUUCGCUUCAGGUGAUUCACAAGUGUAGACUUUGUGGUAUUCGAGGCCGAGGGUGUCUUAAGAGCACCACCGCGUUGGAGACACUUCGAAGCGCCUUCGCUUCGUAAUACCUAGCUAGCUUUCCUGCGACCACAUCGCAGAGCCCUAUACUGACAGAUGUGCCUGUCUGACUGUAGGUCUUAUGGUGUAUCGAAGUAUGCUGCUUCUGAUGGGUAAAUGAUUAUGAAAAGAACACGGUAGAUGGUACAUUGUGGUGCCCUGAGGAAUACCUGUUCUGUAAACCCAGUGUCAUCUGACGAAACUGCUAUAGGGUACAGGCGAGCUGGUACAUUGUAAAACGACGAAAGACUUGAGACAAGGAGCAAACAGAAACACACACAACAACGUGUUGUGUGUGUGUGUGUUCCUUUGUUCUCCUUGUCUAAGGUUUUUCGCCGUUUCAUGUGACAACUUGACAGUAAGGAUAUCACCACGACAAUUACAACUCAACAUUGUUCAGCAGUCUGACUAUUAGAAUAUCGAGUGAACCAGAAACAAGAGGAUAGUAUAGCAGGUGCUUACUUCAGCUGCUUUUUCCAUAAGACCCGUAACACAGUGGUUGAGGGAACACUCACCUUAAAAAUGCCAAACGAAAGUGCGGCUUGUAACGCAGUUGAGUUUCCAAUACCUCGUGACUAAGUUAUGCAUACCUUCAGCUACACGGUUCCCGUUGUAAAACCCUCGAGGUUAAAUCGACUGAGAAAAAGCUGAAUAACGUGAUACGAUAUACUGAGGUUGUGUAGUCAGGUUGUGUGGAAGCACUUAGACGUGGGAAAGAAGCGCUUCAACCAGCCGAAAGUGUCGCGAAAGUAUUCUCGUGAACUGUGAAUGUAAAGAGGACGAGUCAUGCACCUGUAUUUUUAUAGUGUAUAGCACCCUAGAAAAAAUGCACACUACAGGACGCAUGAAGGCACGCUGUACAAUAUGUGUACCUGCUUCAGUGAGACGUAGAAGGAAACGUGACAAGCAAAAAUGAUGCCGAUAUCUGUGCGCUCUUUGUGCACAAGAGUAAUAUUGUAUGGGGACCGUGGUUCCACACUUGUGGAGGUACGAUCUCCAUAUUAUUUUCAAAUCCAGUCCAAUCCAAUCCACCAUAGAGAGUGAACGUCGCUCACUGCGAUUGGGCGACAAAAAAGAGCAAUGUACGUGCAAUGUAGUUGCCUCUUGACCGCCGAUCAGAUAGUAUAUUUCGUUGGAAAGAGAAAAUAUUUCAGUUUCUGCGUUACUUUGCGUGAAGUUGUACGGUAUAAGUUACUAUCACCAGCGCGAUAUUCAUUGCGCUUUGAAAUUCCCGCGCAUAGAGACGUGUGCGUGACGUCCUGUGAGAACACUGUGACGUUACGAGUGCGUUCCCACCAAUCGCGUGGCCAGGCAGCAGCAGUGGCCUCGCGGCUUCCCGUUGUCUGUCAUCUCUGCUCCCACGUGACCUUAUCAGAGUGAUCGUCGUGCAACGUCACGCGAACGGGUGAGGAGACCUCUAGUUUCCUCUUCCUUGUGGUUCUGCCCGCGCUGCUAGUUCUUGCAGCAAAAUACAGAUGACUUUGGAAAUACAAGGAUUUCGAGCGAAAUAUGUUACAGGAGAGUUGUUUGGAGUCAAAUGCCCCUGCUACAUAUAUUCCUUUCAAAUAGCUUGCACGCCACAACGAUAUUUUAGCAUUGUCAGUUUUCUUUAGCACCGCCUUCUUAUUCUCGUUCUGCAUUCAUGCAGCGGCGGAUCCAGGGGGGGGGGGGGGAGCGAUCGCCCCCUAAAACCCUCAGUUUAUACAUUGGAUUUUCCUCUCUCCCCUCCCCCACUACACGCUUCGACAAAAGACCCCCCCCCCCCCCCCCCAAACCGUGGGAGUGGAUCCGCCCCCGCAGUCGUGACUUUUGUAUUAGCAAAACAUAAAAAGUUAGAGACAGAUUCCAAGCAUUUUGAAAGUUGUGCGCAAGACAAUAUUGUGUGUUACUUUUACUUACAUUACCUUUACGAUGAAGUGCGAUACAAUGAACGAAGAUCCGAAGUUUUGAAAAAAGGACGGUUUCGUUGGAGAUGCCAACGAUGUUGACGUUGCCUUGUCUUAUGAUUUACGAAAGAGCCGUAUCGAGAUUCGGAAGUGACCGUUGCAGGAACUUAAGUUUUAAAAUUACACGAGCCUGUGAGAGAAGGAGUGGAAACUACUCCCUUCCGUGCAACCGAUAGAGGAGGGCCAAAGCCGCACACAAUGUAGUAAAUACGUGCUCGCCAAAGUCGUUUCAAAAACAGGGACAAGUAUAAAUACCACAUGUCUGUCAAAUACUACUUUAUGACAACCAAAAGUGGAGACUACAUUUCUUGCUUAAAAGUGUGCUAGUGAUUAUAACGAUGAAUAUAGUGAUUACGAAUCAAGUAUGAAAUUAGAUGUCAAAAUAUUUUAGAGUUGUGCGCAGACUUUAUAUUUUUCACACCGAAUAGUGAACGUUAUGAAACACCACACGUUAUUUUUUUUCUCUCCUCGCACGCCGAUACAGCUGCAAAAGCAAGCGAACAAGUCGCGCAGGGAACGAUGCGUCCGAAGCUCGACUUUUCUGACAGUCGAUGGCCAACCUUUUACGUAUGUUGUCACACUGCUUUCCCCGAACAAUUCACAAACACGAUAGCGGACGACCUACGUAGUAUACCUGAUACAAAGCUAUGUAUAUACGCGAUUAUCCUUUGUUUUUGCAUUUUCUUUAUUAUUAUUGCUUGUAGAAUAACCUCAGCUCUCAACAGUUCAGCGUAGAGAAAAGAGUAGCAUAUCAUUCAAGACAUCCGAUACUCCACUUAGCUACCGACCCCCCCUUCGUCACAAUAGACGCAAUCAUACGUUCCUGUGGCAGUAUACUGAUGCUACUGGUGACACUGGAGAUUGACGUAUUAGUUUCGCCGCUGAUCAGCGCACUUCCGAAACAAAAUAAAGGUAUAGAUGAACCGCCAUUCCCAUAGGCCCGAUACGAGAAGAAGCCUACUGCUCAAAUUUCACUGCUUCGUCUGUUCGAUAAAACGCAGACGAUAUUAUACACAUUCCCACAGUGUGUGAGAGCGUGCACAACCGACAGCUUUCCCUGCCCCGCCGAGUAACAUGAAACACAACCCAGAAACAAGCAGCGCCCUUUCUGUUGAUUCGACGGUAACACCCGCUGGAACUGUUAACUUCCCGCGUGUCAAUGUCAUUCUCCCUUUUAGACAUAACUAUGCGAUCGAUCACGUUUCUGGUCUCUACCAAGUGACGCAGGCGACACCGUCGUUUGCGUUCUGUGCCACAGGAUGGUUUCGGUUUUGGUUUCGCAGCACGCUUCGACGUAUUAGUUACUGCUUUUCACAUUAAGUAUUACAUAUUACAGACGUUGCUAAACCGUGCUACAUGUGUAAUUAAGGAUACGCUGUACAUACUUUACUCCUAACUUGCCUUCAAUUUGGAAUGUUGUUGAACAGAGCUAAGGACUGUUAUAUCGUUUUUGUAACAUGUUUGUUGCAUAUAAAGGUAUAUGUUUCCGGCAGAGCAAAUUUUGAGUAUGACGUGGUUACAUACAUAUCGAAAAUACCUCCACAGUGACGUACGAUGGAGUAACACAGGAUGUUCUGCUUCAAUGUUGUUACUCUUUAGGCAUACGAUUUAAGUUAUCUUAAUUUAACUCGUACAUAUUCACAUACGUGUUGCAUUCCGUAUGACAAAAAUAACCAAAUAUCAAGCAGAGCAUCCUGCAUCGAAUUACCCAGGUCGUUGUAUUAUGUAACCAUCGCAGUAUGGUGUCCCCAAACCGAGAACACAAGUGAACGGUUGACGGUACGACUUUCAAGGGACAUUAGAAAUAAGCGUUUCCAGUUUGCGGACACUUAAUAUACUAUACAAAAAUAUGAAUUGUAUAAUAAGUACUGUAAAGUUAACAAAUGACACAACCCUCUAUGUGGUGCUGUCCCGUUGUAAGAUAUGUUUCAAUGUACAAAAGAGACCUAUACAUAGGAUGCUUCGACAAAUAAAUGCAUGAUAAUGAA